GAUGGUAUUCAUAUAAUAUUAAUCGCGACCAUGUUACACAUGCUAUUUUGACAUUAAUGGACCUUUUUAUAUACAUUAUUGUCGUAUGAUGUACGAAGAACCUCCCUCUAUAUUGUCCUUUGCGAGAGGGACCAAUUAACGAGAAUGCGCCGUUAUUUUCCUCACGCCCCUCUUGUGCGACCUAUUUCCACGCGAACUAUCGUGGGACUCGAGAGGAGGCACCACAUAUGUACACAAUGUCUUUUAUUGGCAAGGACCGUUGAGAAGCGACAAAAUGUUCCUAGGUCUCCAAUAGCAAGCCGUAGAACCUCAUCUAUCGUCUCGAGGCGACCCACUUUCUCAUUAGGCGGAUCUAGACAGUUGGCAACUGUUGCGACAGAAGGCACAAAGAAAGCCAACAGUCAUGGCCCGAUACAAGAAUACGACCGUCGAGUCGAGGAAGGGCGCCUUCGAGAGGAUCAGCACCAGCGCGGCAUUAUACGGAGUUUACAAAAUCUGCACGACGAUUUAGUCCAUUAUCGAGCGCGACCGGUUGUCCAUCCGAAUAUCGAGACCUUAAAACCUACCAAGUCAUUGUUUUCUUGGUUUGGACCGAAACCAGGCACUGGGGCCAUACAAGAGAUUCCGGAUGAUCUACCGCGGGGCUUGUACUUGUUCGGUGACGUGGGGAGUGGGAAGACCAUGCUGAUGGACCUGUUCUACGAUACAUUACCGAGUUCCGUCCGAUCAAAAACGAGAAUACAUUUUCACAAUUUCAUGCAGGAUAUACACAAGAGAUUACAUCGGAUGAAGAUGGAGCAUGGGAACGAUAUAGAUGCGAUCCCAUUUGUAGCGGCAGAUAUCGCAGAGCAGGGAAAUGUACUGUGUUUCGACGAGUUUCAAUGCACUGACGUAGCUGAUGCGAUGAUCCUACGGAGGCUUCUGGAAUCCCUCAUGUCUCACGGCGUUGUUCUUGUCACCACCUCGAACCGUCACCCAGACGAGCUCUACAAGAAUGGAAUUCAGCGCGAAUCCUUUAUUCCGGCGAUUCACUUGCUUAAAGCGCGGCUGCAUGUCAUCAACCUUGACUCACCUACAGAUUACCGCAAAAUUCCAAGACCGCCAUCUGGCGUAUACCAUACGCCGCUGGACAGCCAUGCGGCUUCGCACAUAGAAAAAUGGCUUCGUUUUCUAGGCGACCCAGACAACCCAGAGCCUCGGCCGGAAACGCAGAAGGUAUGGGGUCGCGACAUACACGUGCCGAGAGUCAGCGGCCGCUGCGCGUGGUUCACUUUCCAAGAACUGAUCGGCCGUGCGACGGGAGCUGCCGACUACCUCGAGCUAAUGCGCUGCUACGACGCGUUUAUAAUCUCCGAUAUUCCCGGCAUGACCUUUCGAGAACGCGAUCUCGCAAGACGGUUCAUUACAUUUAUAGAUGCUGUCUACGAGUCACGUGCCAAGCUCGUCCUUACGACAGCCGUUCCCCUGACGGAGUUAUUCAUAUCGCCAUCUGAAUUACGGGAAUCCCUGAAAAGGGACGGAAAGCCUGUGGAUGACGAGGAUGACGAAUCUACUAGUCAUGCUAUGCAGCAUAUGCUGGAAGACAUGAACAGUAACAUCGACCAGCUGAAAACCUCAAGCCUCUUUUCUGGUGAUGAAGAGCGUUUCGCUUUCGCUCGAGCGCUUUCACGAUUAACUGAGAUGUCGAGUAAAGAAUGGGUUGAGCGUGGUAUGGGCCUAGAACAAUCGGGAGGGAAGAAAGAAAGAGAUGGUUGGGCAAAGGCCCGUAGUCGACAGAUGGAAGAUAGCAUGUGAAGGAGCGCGAGGUUUUAUAGUUGUCCUAUGGUUCUACGAUUGGCAUGACUGGCGUUGUACUGUUCCGGGUUGAUGAGUGAGAUCAAUAUAUACAUAUAGAGCGGUGGGAAGACCACGACUCUGUGGUUGGCAUGUCUGAUACGAUAGAGAUUAGCUAGGUAUCUUGCACUACGUCAUAAACAAGAUUUUUGGAUUAAA